CCCUCCCCAGAUCGCCUCCUAUAAAUAUCGCCACCGCUCCCUCCUUUUCCCUGACUCUCUGCGAUCUCUCUCUCGUGUCUUCGUUUCGAGGCCUUUCUUCAAUCUAAACUCUUCUGCACUUUCGUUUGAUUUAUAGAGAUUGGUGGAUCGGCUUCCAUGGCUCCGACGACGCAGUACCUGAAAGAAGCUCGAACUUUGUAUUCUCUCUUGAUCUGUUCGUCCUCCACCUUUAUUUGAUCCGCCCCAGCUCUCGCGAUCUAGGGUUUCUGCGAGAUCUCCGCCGGAUUUCGAGCUAGGGUUUUGAUUUGAUUUCAUCUGUCGGAGAAUCGGAGCGAUAGUGAGGAUGCCGUGCGUGGAGGCGACGGAUCCGGCGGCGGCGGACAAGGACGCGGAGCCUUUCGUGGAGGUGGAUCCGACGGGGAGAUACGGGCGGUACGGGGACCUUCUUGGUGCCGGGGCGGUGAAGAAGGUGUACAGGGCGUUCGACCAGGAGGAGGGGAUCGAGGUGGCGUGGAACCAGGUGCGGUUCCGGAGCUUCAGCGAGGACCGAGCGAUGAUGGACCGGAUCUUCGCCGAGGUCCGGCUCCUCCGGGAGCUCCGGCACGAGAACAUCAUCGCGCUGUACCGGGUGUGGAUGGACUCCGAGCGCAGCACCCUCAACUUCAUCACCGAGGUCUGCACCUCCGGCGACCUCCGCGAGUACCGGAAGCGCCACCGCCACGUCUCCCUCAAGGCUCUCAAGAAGUGGUCCCGCCAGAUCCUCAUGGGCCUCGACUACCUCCACAACCACGACCCCUGCAUCAUCCAUCGCGACCUCAACUGCAGCAACGUCUUCAUCAACGGCAACAUCGGCCAGGUGAAGAUAGGGGACCUGGGGCUAGCGGCGAUCGUGGGAAAGAGCCACGCGGCGCACUCGAUCCUUGGGACGCCGGAGUUCAUGGCGCCGGAGCUGUACGAGGAGGAGUACACGGAGCUGGUGGACAUCUACUCGUUCGGGAUGUGCGUGCUGGAGAUGGUAACGCUGGAGAUACCCUACAGCGAGUGCGACAGCGUCGCCAAGAUCUACCGCAAGGUUACGGCCGGAGUGCGCCCGGCGGCCAUAGGCAAGGUCCGCGACCCCGAGGUCCGGGCCUUUAUUGAGCGCUGCCUCGCCAAGCCCCGCGCCCGGCCCUCCGCCUCCGAGCUCCUCAAGGACACUUUCUUCAGUGGUCUCGAUGAUGACGAAAACCCGCCUCCCCCGAGCCUGGCCGCCACCGAGCACUGCAACCCGCCGUCGGCGCCGGACAUGUCCGGCCUUCGGCUGGAUUGAAGGGAAUGCAUGCAUUGGGGGCCGGCUUCUUCGCUAACAACCUUACUGACUGUUCUGUCCUGACGGGUUCUUUCCUCUCUAUUUGCCGGGCGCAGAAAGAGACGGGCUGUGGUGUUUUUUUUUUUUUCUUUUUUCUUCUUUUGGUGAACGUCUUUGUAGUGCUUUUGGGGAUGAAUCGUUGCAACAAGUGUUUUGUUUUUUUAUCUCUUUUUUCCAUUAAUUUGGUUUUAUAUGCAUAUACAUACGAAAUUUAAUUGGAUGUGGUUGGGCGUGUAA